AUGGCGAAGACACUGAUUCGUUCUUUAGAGCAAAGUGACGUUGUGAGUUUGAAAUUUCGACAAGCCUCUUCUCAGCUGCUCACUGAUUUUCUAAUUAAUUUCAACAAAAGAAACAAAGACAACCUCAACAGUUUAUCAAAAUAUAGCGGCAGCUUCAAGCGUAAAAGGCUCAUCGAGUACAUCCUCCUGAUAACUCGAGAACUGAGACUUGACCCACUGGCUGGAUACCACGCUAUUGAAUUACUUCAAAGGUUCAUGAUCGAGCACCUUACAGAUUUGCUCACCACACCCACACCUCCAGGUGCGACUGCUGAACAGCCACGAAGUUACGAGGACGCUAUUUUUGACAAGCUCAAAGACAAAUUCCCCCUCAUCGUCUUCUCCUGCGUGCAGCUUGCAAGCAAACUGUCUUUGUACAGUCGUAUGAUUGACAACAAUGCUGCGGUGCGCUUUCUGCACUCGGUCGGCCACAGUGUUUCCAAACAGGCUGUCCUGGAGUCAGAGCUGAUGGUCUUGAAAGGCCUUGAAUUUAAACUAAACGUCCCGAACCCGCUAACUUUUGUGGAGAUGCUUCUGGAGGUGCUUGGACACAAUGAGCCGUCCAUCCCUGUGGAUCGCCUUUAUCACCUGUGCCAACAUGUUCUCCAGUUCAUCAGUCUGCAGAGGACGGCCAUCUUUGACGCCUUGUUAAUGACUACCACUCGGUGUGUCACGCCAUCCAGGGAACUGAGAGAGAAGUUUGUGACAGUGACAGAAGACUGCAUGCUUCUCGGGGUCGGUGUCAUCGCUGUGGCGACAUUCAUUCUCCAUUUCAGAAAAUGGAAGCAGGUAGUCGGAGAACUGACCCACAUCACUGGAAUCUCAAGGAGGUGCAUCAGUGACUUCGCUCAUGUGACGCUGGUGCACAUUGUUGGUACCAGUUUCCCUCAACUGUAACUUUAGUCUCAUUAACUAAUCCGCUACCCCCUACCUAAAG